AUUAAAGAGAGAGAACUGGAGAAAAGAGCAAUGGAACUGGAUAGAAGAGCGAUGGAACUGGAUGUGGAACUGGAUAGAAGAGCGAUGGAACUGGAUAUUAGACAGAGAGAAAUUGAGAAAAGAGCGGAGAGAAGACAGACCGAACUGGAUAAAAGACUGAUGGACCUGCAUGUAAGGCAAUAUAAGCUGUAUAUAAGAGAUAGAGAAGCAAUGGAACUGGAUGGAAGAGAGAUAGAACUGAAGAAAAGAGAGAUGGAACCAGAUAUUAGAGAGAUAGAAAUGGAGAGAAAAGACAUGGAACUGUAUAUUAGAGAGAGAGAACUGGAUAGAAUAGAGAGCGAAAUGGAGAGAAGAGAAACCGAACUGGAAAGAAGAGAGAGAGAACUGUAUAGAAGAGCGAGCGAAAUGGAGAGAAGAGAAACUGAACUGGAUAAAAGAGAGAGCGAACUGGAUAAAAGAGAGAGCGAACUGGAUAGAAGGCCUGAAGGAAUGAAACCUGUGCGAUCUAGCAGCAAUGAGUUAGACCAUCCUAACAUGUCUGAAAGUGAGAACAAAUCUCCAACACAGCUGAUUGGUUCUCUCCUCCUAUCCAGUUGA